AUGGUAAUUUCUCAAAUCGAAAAUAUUUUUUUAGAAAUAGAAAAUUUAAUUAAACUUCUAUUCCAUGAUAAAACUCUAAAUCAACCUAAGAUUGAGCAAAAAUUUGAAGAAGGAAAAGAAUUAAUAAAUAGAAUAGACGAUGAUGACGAGUAUGGACUCAUUAGUAAUGAAAAUAGGCAACAAUUGACUUCUUCUUUAAAUAUUUUAAAAUCAUUAGCUAGUAAAUCAGCUUAUUCAAAUAGAUUAGCUUUUAUAUAUCAUACCUUGAAUUCCCAAAAUAAAAAAGAAAUUUUAUUUGGCAAUACUAUAUUUACAGAAGAAGAAAUUAAUAAGCGGUUCAGAGAUAUUGCUUUAUACUUCCAUUCUGAUAAAACAAAUCGACCUAAUACUGCAACUUGGCUUCAAGAGAAGCAUCAAAGCCUAGGCGCUGAACUAUUAAAUUCUGCACUAGAAUUUAAAAAAAACUUGUUAAAUGACUUAAUUGUAAUCUUACAAAAUAAAGGUUACAUGACUUUUCAUGAAAACAAAGCAUACAAACUUUGGAAAAUUACAAUCGAUUAUCAUAACGCAGCUAAAGGUCAAUGGAAAAAAUUGAAACUGUUAAAUGAAGAUGAUAUUAAAGAAAUUUCUUCCAAAAAAUUAAAGCUUUUUGUCGUGGAUAGUGAAAUGUUGGCAUAUCAGGAAUAUCGAGCAGCUUGCAAAAUUGCUGAUCAAGCUAAACUACUAAAAAAGCAAUGGACCAGAAAAUUUCUCUUUUUGAUAAAAAAUUCAUUUCAAGAUUCAAUUAACAACGAUAUAGUGCUUAAAGCUGACCGGAGUUUAGUUCGUUAUCAAGUUCCUAAAGAAGUGAUUUUGCAUGCCAAGAAUCGUGCUUUAAAGCAUAAAGCAGCAGGAAUUGCAGCUAUGGGAGGAGGAAUAUCUAUAGCCGUGGCUUCUUACAUUUACAUCUAUCAAGCAGCAACUAUAAUAGGAAUUAGUGCAUCAGUUGCUGGUUCUCUUGCGCUCAUUGUCGGUUUAGGCAUAUGGGCUGGCAUAGAGUUAUGGAACAGAGCUACCCUUCUUUUAGAAGAGACGGAAAUUCGUGAAAAACUUAAUAAUAUUAUGAUUGAAACACUAAAAGCUUAUGAUAAAGGAAAUUAUCAAAAGUUUCUCGAUGAACUUUCUGUAGAAUUUAAGGCAGAUGCCAGUCUCUUAAAAUUAGAAGAUUGUAUUAAUACUGAUUAUAUAAUAGAUACCCUCUUAAAUUAUGGUUUUAGAUCUGAUGGUAUUGCCUACCUUUUAAACUUGUUUGGUGAGGUCUUAAGUAGCAGGAAAAUAAAAGUCAAGGGAAAAACAGCAAAGGACAUAAAGGCACUUGCAACAAAUGCUUUUGAUGGAGUACUAAGUGAAAAACUUAGAACUGAGGCUAAAACUUGGGAUAAUCGUAUUUUUGAAUUACGUAAAAAAUACAACAUAUGUAGUACUUACAUUAAAUUUAAAGAUUUUAUCUCACUUGAAGAUUAUAAUGAUUUAGAUAAAGAAUGUAAAGAUGAUUCUCAAGAAAUGCCUUUCCAAUCAAGGUUAGAAGAAGUAAGUAAUAUCACAAAAAUUAAUCAAGCAAUUUUUGAUAUAUUAGAUGAUGGUAAAGAAGAAAUUGAGCGAGCCAUCAGAACUAUUAAAGAUGUCCAAAAUUCAAUUGAUUGUAAUUAUCAAUUUGUCAAUACAGCCAAAUGGCGUCAUGAAGCUUUGAAGGAUUUAUUAUGGAUCAUUGGUGAAUCACCCAAAGAACCAUCUAAAGAAUCGCCUAAAUUAUCUCUAAUUACCUAUAUAGAUAAUGAUGAAUAUGUUGGUUAUCUAAAUAAACAAUUACAGCAAGCAUCUUUAAACCAGAAAAAAAUACGCCUCUAUAAUAAAAUAGCAGUUUAUUAUGAACAAUUAGCCGAGAAAGAGGGAAAAACUAAUCACUUAGACAGCUUAUGUCAUUGGAUAUCUGCUCAAAAGAACUAUGAGAAAGCACGUGUAGUAGAUCCAGAAAAUCUAGAUGCUGCGCUUGGUAUUGCAAAAUGCUUAUUUAAAUUAUCUAAAUAUACAAAAGUUAUUCAACUUCCUAACACGAUUCCAAAUUUAACCUCUUUAUCAGAAUAUUGGUACUUUCGCGGCAUUGCUUAUUAUAAGAAGGCUGAUUAUAAGAAUGCUAAAGAGAAUAUCAUUGAGGUGUUGAAGCUAGAUAAUAAAAACAAGUUAGCUGAUGAACAAAGAUUAAUUCUCAAAAAACUAAGCGAAGAAAAGACAAUUAAAUGGCAUAUGCCCUAUGAAAAAAGAUUAUCCAAUUUUUGUGCAAUAUUUGUUCAAGUCCGUGCAGAAAUCAUACAAUUAUUGCAGAUUUUUGGAUAA